AUGUACACGAGGCAAAAUGCUGUGACCCCCUUGUGGGCGAGAGACCACGGUAGGGGAUCGAGGUCUAAGCACGGGGAGCAGAACUAUACAAACUCGCCUCUGCUCUCCAGGUCACCUGAAAACCGCGCUGCCUGCCUCUCCAAGAGGGCUCCUGAAGUCACCCUCCGGCUGCGCUUUCCCGGCGGGGAGGGGAACGGUUUCACGCCCACCUGCCCGCAGCCUCUCCUCCCCGGCACCCCCGGCCCCCGCCGGCCGCGCGAGCAGCUACCGGCAUCCGCGGUCCCGCCUGCUCCCCGCUCGCUCGGCAGCCCGGGCCGGCAGCUCCCCCGGCGGCCGCCUCUGCACCACGCCAACCUCCGCGCCCGGCCGAGGUCAUGCCCGCCUGCCCCCAGGCCCGGGCUGCCCCCUCCUCGUGCCUGCCGGCCUCCACGGCGCCGGGCUGGGGAGGGGGCCCCCGCGGCGGAGUUGAUGGCGCUGCGGGGCGCGGGGCCCCGCCGCCGGCGCUGGGCGGUGCUGCGCGAGGAACUGGGGGCGCCCCCGCUGGGCGGGGACCGAGUGCUCCGGAUCCGGGGCGCUAGACGCGAGGAGGGGAGGGCCGGUUUCUAG